CCGCCCGCAGGUCCCCUCCCCCCCCCCCCUCCGACCUCCGUCCUCCGACCACACCCACACUCCGUCCCGGUGUCCCCUCCCCUCCGUGUGUGGUGUCUUCGAACUUUUGUCCUGGGACACGAACAACUGGACAACGGCGACGACGACGACGACGACGACGACGACGACGACGACGACUGCCUCGGGCCGACGACAACAAAUUCAUAAACACAAACACAAACAACAAACACAAUGCAUCUAGCACAGCUGCGGCAGCCUUUGACGAGGGCUGCUGCCAACAGCUGCCACUCCGUCUGCCGGUUACCCACCACCCACUCCUCCGUCUCCGCGACCGCAAUCCUCUCCGAGCAGUUCGCCCACCUCCGCAUCGGCCCAUCAAGUAGCAAUGUUGCCGUCGAGGGUCGCCGUUAUGCCAGUGUCAAGGCCCAGGGUGCCUACAGGCUCAAGCCCAAGAGGACCAUCCCCAAGAAGCUCGGCGCAAAGAAGACGGGUGACCAGUACGUAAUUCCCGGCAACAUCAUCUACAAGCAGCGCGGCACACUAUGGCACCCCGGCGAGAACACCAUCAUGGGCCGCGACCACACCAUCCACGCCGCCGUCGCUGGCUACGUCAAGUACUACCGUGACCCCCAGCUCCACCCGGACCGUCAGUACAUCGGCGUCGUCUUCAACCGCAACGACAAGCUCCCUUACCCCAAGGACGCCCCGCGCAAGCGCAAGCUCGGCCUCGUCGCCGUGCCCCGCAAGGUUGAAGAGGUCGAGAAGCCCACCAUGUCCGCCUCCGGCCUCCCCCUCUUUGUCACCCGCCACGAGACCAUCGAGAUCCCCCCACCAGCAGUGACGACGCCCGCCGCCGCCGGCAAGGCAGUCAAGGGCCAGGGCGCCCGCGUAUCAGCCUCCGGCGCCGCCGCCGUCCCUGCCUCCAGCAGCACCAUCUCCGCCUCCGCCUCGUCGAACAGCAACAACGGCGGCUCCUCCGUCAUUGCCGAACUCAUCAAGGAAAAGCUCGCCGCCCGCGCCGAGUACAACGCCCGACAAUCGGCUCUGCGCAAGCUGCAGCAGCAAAAGAUGCUCGCGCGCCGCGGCACGCGUGUCCUGCGUCUGAUGAACAACUACAGCUACCGCGAGACCAACUGGGAGAUUGGUCGCUUGAUUGGCGACCCCGGUUCCGUGCCUGGUACCGAGAAGGUGGGCAGCAGAAAGGCCAAGUUCCGCGCGCGCAGGAGGAGAAGAAACACUUUCUUGCUUGGCAUCAAGGAACGCAAGCUGGCCAAGGCGGAUAGACGUGAGGAGUACAGGAGACGUGUGCGCGAGAAGAGGGAGCAGAGGUUGGUGCAAAGGAAGGAGUUUUUGGCCAAGCAGAGGGAGGCCAAGAAGGCCAGGGAGGGUGGUGCCGCUGCUGAGAAGAGCGAGAAGAAGGAGGUGAAGGCUGAGAAGCCUGCUGCUGCUGCUCCCAAGGUUGAGAAGCCCAAGGCUCCUGAAGCCGCCAAGAAGGAGAGCAAGCCCAAGGUUGAGGAGAAGAAGGCUGCUGCUGCUGAACCCAAGAAGGACUCCAAGACGGAGAAGAAGGACUAAGGGAUGGAGAGGGUGUUAGAAUACGUAAGGUGAUGUACCACCAUGUGUUAUUAUUUUACUAAGAUCUUUGUCUUUUUCUGCCGACCGGGUUUCGCCGUGGAAGUUGUUUUCCCUUUCACUUUCCCUUCAUCGCUUUUUGCGCCGCAUGGAAACAGUGAGGACAAUGCUCUUGGCAUUUUUCAAGGCUGGCCGUGGACUUGACGGGCAUCUGGUUCGGGAAUUGUUUGCUGUUUGAUGAGAUGGCACAUGGCAAAAAUGUUGUGUGGAUAUGGCCACAAGUGAUCAAGUGAUGUUAUACACGACGAUGGAAGUGCGAUGUUGUACGGUUUGAUACGGUUGGUGAGCUCGAUUGUUUUGCUGAGGCGAUGCUUUAGGAGAGAUUGUCUUGAAAGCUCUCUAUUGAACAAGCUCGAGACAGGCUUCCCCCUAUUAAAAGCAGGAAAGACAUGUUAUAUUCCGGAUAUGUGCAGCUAGUGCUGACAUAUGGCAGAUAUUCCGGAUAUCGUCGAUUGCGGAUCUACGGUGGACAUCUCCCGAUGAGGUUCUGCCCCCAACCUCCUAGGCAGGGGCCUGAUCGAAGCAUAACAGUCGACAACAGUGCUCGUUAAAGUGUUUGGAUGACACGGCGGUCAUUGCGUCAUGGUCAAUUACGUUGUUUGCGGUUGUUUUGUCGUGAUGAUGUUGAGGUAGCAGCCGCUCCCCUCACCAAGGGCAACGAGUGCUUCGGGGAGGCUACUUAUGGCGACACUCGGUUCUAAUAUGCUCGUGCGGUCACCUACCUUCUUUCUCUCGCUUUCGUGUUGCUAUUAAUCUGCUUCUCCUUCAGAUUCUACUGUGGUAUUUGUUAUCGAAUGUCCAGCAGCCCUCGGAACUCGAGCCUCUUGGUACCAGAAAUAGACCGAUUUUCUUCUUCUGUCAUCAACUAUGGAGGCUCUACUUCGUCUUUGAAGGGCCCUCCCGACGGCGACUGCAAGACCACGGUGUUCCCUCUCGACUUGACCACGACCCUCCCC